AUGUCAUCAACCUCGGUCUCUUGGCGGCCAUCGACAAUAUUCACUAUUGCUAUUGUCUUCCGUUUGAUCCUCCUACUCUACGGCCGCUGGCAAGACGCCCACAGUCCCGUCAAAUACACCGACAUCGACUACCUCGUCUUCACAGAUGCAGCCCGCUAUGUAUCCUACGGCAAAUCACCCUACGAACGCGCGACGUACCGCUACACUCCCCUCCUCGCCUGGCUGUUGAUACCAACGACAUGGGGUGGACUCUGGUUUGAAUUCGGCAAAGCACUCUUCGCCGCUGGCGACAUUGUCACUGGAUGGCUGAUUUUGAGGAUCCUCCGGACUCGUGGGAUGGAGACGGAACGUGCGCUCAAGUUUGCUAGCAUCUGGCUGCUGAACCCGAUGGUCGCGAAUAUCAGCACUCGUGGGAGUUCCGAAGGACUGCUGGCUGUGCUUGUGGUGGCUUUGCUCUGGGCGGUGCUGAGCAGGCGGAUUGUCCUGGCUGGAUGUCUGUUGGGAUUUGCGGUUCACUUCAAGAUCUAUCCGUUCAUCUAUGCCGCGAGCAUCUUUUGGUGGCUCGGUAGUGCGCGGUUGAUGGACGUCAAUGCUUCGGUCGUGCAAAGGGCUUUCUCGUUGAUCAAUCAAGAUCGAGUGAACAUGGCAGUCUUCAGCUUCUUGACAUUCAUGGGCUUUAAUGCUGUCAUGUAUAAGAUGUACGGCAUGCCUUUCAUCGAGCAUACCUACACAUACCAUGUGUCACGAAUCGAUCACAGGCACAACUUCUCGGUCUACAAUACCGUCCUACAUCAGAGCUCAAUGCGAGGGAUUGACUCUGGCUUGAAAAUCGAGUCUCUUGCGUUUCUGCCUCAGCUGCUGCUAUCAGUGGUUGUCAUUCCACUUCUGAUGGCGAAGUCGGACCUUGCAACGACAAUGCUGGCCCAGACAUUCGCCUUCGUGACGUUCAACAAAGUCUGCACCAGCCAGUACUUCCUCUGGUACAUGGUAUUUCUGCCAUUCUAUCUUCCCACUUCAACGCUUUUGCGGAGCCCCAGACUGGGUGUGACUGCACUCGUUCUCUGGAUCCUUGGACAGGCCGCUUGGUUGCAGCAAGGUUUCGAGCUAGAAUUCCUGGGUCACUCCACUUUCGUUCCGGGCCUCUGGCUGGCGAGCAUAGCAUUCUUCCUGAUCAAUUGUUGGCUCCUUGGACUGAUUGUGCGAGACGUCAGAAGUGAGCCGACCGCCUUGAACGCCAGUCCUUCAACGUCCUCCAAGAAACUGAAGUGAUGGACUUGAGCGCUCAUCCUCGUCAACCUCCAAUGGCUUUCACGCAACCCAUCGCCGCUGCUGCUGCCAGUAUACCGAGCACCAGCAUUUCUAUGGCAUUGCGGAAACACGCUCGGCGGUCGCUCUCACCCAUGAGGGAAGUCUUGGCCCACCCAAACACGAAAAGUGCGAUUGCCAUGACAAAAGCACUGCACACAAACGCCUCGCGAACAUGGGAGAAGAACAAAUAUG